CAUUCCGUGUUUUCCUUCGAUCUCUUAUCCAACUGAGCGCUGUCUGAUACAUACGAGUGUAAGGAAAUGACAAAGAAAAUAUACAAGAAAUCAAGAGGAACUGCGGGACCAAUUCCAUUGCUAGGGGAUAGUGAAUAGAAAAUAGGAAAGAAACGUUAAUUAAAACCACAUUUCUAAAACGCACAUAUUUCUGUGUUGUGUUUCACAUAGCCCACAUAGAGAGAUGCGGCGGCUUUAGUCUGACACAUUUUAGGAGAGGUGUCUUCAGAACCGUUACGCGGUUACGGUAAUGCGCACAUAUUUUUAACAUUUUCCUGUUGGAAAAUUUGAGCGCCUGUGCGCAGACAUGUUUAUUCAUUGAUACAGAAGAAACAUUUCUGCUUCGUUGCUGUGAUUGUAAUAAUUUGUGAUUUUUUGGAGGCCUAUGGAAGCGAUAUGACGAUGUUUUCCCGUAAGGCAUGAGCUAAAAUUACGCAUGCAGAAACUGUUGUACCCACAACGUUUAAACCUAUGAACAAGCUCUGAAGUCUUUCUGUGCGGGAUGCGGACUAAAUUUCUGUACAUGACGGAAUGAUACAGAUCCUCAGACUCCGGAAUUCCACGACUUUAAUGGCUUUUGUGUUGAGAAGAUGGAAACUGUUACUUGUGCUGAAUGUAAUUGUUGUGGCCGGAUUUAUGACUUUUUGGGCCAAGUGCAACUCGGGCACGAUCAAAGCCGUUGGCCAUCACUCCUCGGCUGAUGCGAAAAGACACGUUCGCCACAACCUCACUGUUCAAAGAUCAAGCAUCAGCCAUGAGAUCUUGCUGAAGAGACUGGGGGCUCUGGAAGACGUUGUCUACAGGCAGCUUAAUGGUUUGUCCAAGUCUCUCGGGCUCACUGAAGGCUUUGGGGGUCGAGGCAGGGAAGGCUUGCCUGCAACCCUCAGUCCUGCUGAAGAGACCAAUGCCAAAUACCAGAGGGAGAAGUAUGGCUACAAUGCCUACCUGAGCGACAAAAUCUCACUGGAUCGAUCCAUUCCUGAUUAUCGCCCGAGCAAAUGCAGAAAGGCAACGUAUCCCAGGGACCUCCCCCAGAUAUCCCUCAUCUUCAUUUUCGUGAAUGAAGCUCUGUCUGUGAUCCUACGCUCCGUCCACUCUGCGAUCAACCACACCCCAGCACACCUGUUAAAGGAGAUCAUCCUGGUGGAUGACAACAGCGAUGAUGAGCAACUGAAAGGACCACUUGAGGACUACAUCAACAAGCGCUAUCCCGGCCUGAUAAAGAUUGUGCGCAAUCAGAAGAGGGAAGGGCUCAUCCGCGCCCGCAUCGAGGGCUGGAAGGUGGCCACUGGGGAAGUGACCGGGUUCUUCGAUGCCCACGUGGAGUUCACACCCUCGUGGGCUGAACCAGUUCUGUCAAGAAUUAAAGAGAACCACAAGAGGAUUAUUCUGCCCUCCAUUGAUAAUAUCAAGCAUGACACGUUCGAGCUGGAGCGCUACGAGAACUCGGGGCACGGCUACAACUGGGAGCUCUGGUGCAUGUAUAUCAACCCUCCAAAACAGUGGUGGGACGAAGGGGACACAUCAGCACCCAUCAGGACUCCUGCAAUGAUUGGCUGCUCUUUUGUGGUAAACCGUGAUUACUUUGGAGAAUUGGGCCUGCUAGAUCCGGGCAUGGAUGUCUACGGAGGAGAGAAUAUAGAACUGGGAAUCAGGGUUUGGCUGUGCGGAGGCAGCAUGGAGGUUUUGCCCUGCUCCAGAGUAGCUCACAUUGCCAGGAUAAAGAAGCCGUACCACAGCAAUAUCGCCUUCCACACCCGACGCAAUGCCCUGCGUGUGGCAGAGGUUUGGAUGGAUGAGUACAAAUCCAAUGUGUACUUGGCCUGGAACAUCCCCAUAGAGAAUCAUGGAAUAGAUUAUGGUGACAUCUCACAGAGAGUAGCCCUGAGAAAAAGCCUGAACUGUAAGAACUUUGAGUGGUACCUGGACAAUGUCUAUCCAGAGAUGAGAAGAUACAACAACACUGUCUUUUAUGGGGAAAUUCGUAAUAGCAAAGUUAGCCACCUGUGCAUGGACCAGGGGGCAAAGGAAAACCACACAGCAACACUGCAUCCCUGCCAUGGGUGGGGUCCUCAGUUGGGUAGGUACACCAAGGAGGGGUUUCUGUACUUAGGACCCCUGGGCAGUACAGGCGAGGACACCCGCUGUCUCGUGGAUGACCACAUCAGCAACCUCCCCCAGCUCCUGAACUGCGAGAAGGUCUCCAAUCUGCAGCAGAAGACAUGGCAUUUCACCCAGAAUGACUCAAUCAUCAACAGAGCCACCGGCCGCUGUCUGGAGGUUGUGCCAGCCAACGUGUACUUUGGCCACUUACUUGUUUUAAAGUCUUGCACUGGCCAGAAGUGGAACAUCAAAAACACCAUGAAGCAGUUGUGACAGUGAAUCAAUUCUCAUCCACCAUUUACAGUUUUAUAUUGCAGCAUGAAUAGAUAUAUAUGUCCUUCCUUCAGUCUCCUUCAUUGCAUAAAGUAUUGUAGCAAUAAUGGGUGCUGGAAUGGCUAGACCUGAAGCACCACUAGAGACAAUGAAGGUAGUGUCCUCCUCAAGAUUUUCAGUGGGAAAAGGACUCUCGAAAAACUCAUCUUUACGUGGACACAUAUAGAAAAAGAGCUAAUUGUCAAUACACAACUGAGUAAUAGCAGGAGCAAAACAAUGAGAAAAAACUCAGAAUAAGGAAAACAGUAUUAAAACAUUAGAUAACAGAAGUGCUGAUUUAGGUGUUAAUCAGGCUUGUGUGGGGUUUGCUUUACUGGCCUGUUAGCACUGAGGGAUACAGGGCUAGCACCUUGAUGACAGGGUUUAUUCUGUUUAGCUUCAUGUGAGAUUAUGGAAAAAGAGGAAGUACAGUGAAUUUACAGCCGUAGCAUGCUACCUGUACCUUUUUGAAAGCCAGAAAAGGACACAUUGUAAUUUUUUAAAAUGAAUAGAAGUAGCCAAGGUCAGUGGGCAAGCAACAGGUAAACAUAAACAUAGAAGUACUUGUCAUGAUAUACAGUGCCAUUCACAUUUAUCCACAUCCCAUGAUUAAAUGGAUCAAAACCUGGUAUAACAAUACAUGUACAUAUUGGAUAUUUUUCCUGUUUCAGAACUUUUAAAGUUGUUAUACUUUGCUCUGUGCCAUUCUAUUUAGAUUAAAAUCAUGUUGUUCACAGGAACGAUGAGGGUCAUCUUUAUUUACCUUAUUCAGUUAGUUAUUUUGUAAAUCUUAACAUGGAUGAGAUUUGGGAGC